AUGGGCCUCAGCCCAGGGCAGACCUCAGUGUCCUUCCUGUGGCCGCUGCUGGAGGCGCAUGACCACAACACAGGGAGGGGACUCGUCCCCGUCAUUGUGCUGACGCCUGAGUCUCCAGAGACCCACCUUGAACUCCGCCAGGCCUUCCUGGGUUCCGGACAGGCCCGCCACGGGCGUGACGCAGUGCCACCUAGCGGACAGCAGGGCUGCAGCGUGGACAGAAUGGCCGGACGCCCAGUCCUGGGCUGGUGGCUGAGGAGCAGCCUCACAGGGCAAGAGGGCAUGCAACGCCUGCAUCUUUCUGGCAUAAGAACCUCAAGAAAAGCAAAGGAAUAUAAUGCUGUGUUCUUUGGAGCCUCCGAAAGCUCUGUUCACAUGGCAGUCGCUGAAAGUUUAAGGGAGCCACCGCCCAAUGGGGGUUGGUUUCUUUCUUCCCUGUUUUUAAAGAUCUUUUAA